CUUCUCCAUCUUGCGCAUUCGUUUUCUUGGAACAAAACACUGCGGUCGCAUCUGUUUGUUACUGGCCGUCGUUCUUUGUUGUGAAAGUGAAAAAUCGAAAUCUACAAUUUGAGGAAAAAUCAAAUUCUUCGUGAAGUUAGAAAGUUUAUACUACUGCGAAGAGUACCGAACGCUGCAGAAUGGGUGCAGUUUUAGGAUUGGUGUCGGCAGCUAAUCUCGCCUGCUGCUGCACCGGAACAGCAUGUUCCCUAUGUUGUUCGCUAUGUCCGUCAUCGCUGAAAUCCAACUCGACGGCGACACGCUUCAUGUAUGCACUGAUGUUGUUGCUGGGUGCCAUCGUUGGAGCCAUCAUGCUUGCUCCGGGGCUACAAGACUUCCUCCAGAAGGUACCGUUCUGUGCUAAUUCGACAUCAACCACCGGGCACCUGAUACCGGCUUCGGACACAAUCGAUUGCAGCUCUGCGGUCGGGUAUUUGGCCGUGUAUCGCAUCUGCUUCGCCUUGUGCUGCUUCUUCGCACUCUGGGCAGUCAUGAUGGUCGGAGUUCGUUCGUCUAAGGAUCCUAGGGCUGCACUGCAAAAUGGGUUCUGGGGCAUCAAGUUCAUGAUCGUGACUGGAGUUGCCAUUGGAGCGUUCUUCAUUCCGGAAACUGGAUUCGGUCCGGCUUGGAUGUGGGUUGGACUGAUUGGCGGUUUUGCGUUCAUUCUGGUUCAGCUAGUGUACAUCGUGGAUUUCGCUCACUCGUGGGCCGAGGCCUGGGUUAGCAACUACGAGGAGGAGGAAUCCCGCGGAUGGUUUGCUGCUUUAUGCUGUGUCACUGGAUUGCAGUAUGCCUUAUCUCUGACCGGGAUCGCACUGCUCUACGUUUACUUCACCGAAGCUGAUAAUUGCUCCCUAAACAAGUUCUUCAUCACCUUCAACAUGAUUCUGUGUCUGGCAGUGAGCAUCAUGUCCAUCUGGCCCAGCAUUCAGGAACACGCCCCGAAGUCGGGUCUGCUGCAGAGCUCGAUGGUGACGCUGUACACGGUUUACCUGACUUGGUCCGCUGUGGCCAACAAUCCGGAUGCCGAGUGCAAUCCAGGCUUCUUGGGCAUCAUCGGCGACAAGCAGAACAAGGUGCACUUCGACAAAACGAGCAUCAUUGGGCUGGUGAUCUGGAUGUUAUGCAUCCUGUACUCGACUCUGCGCUCGGCCAACAAUGUGUCCCGUUUGGCUGAUCCUGAAAAGCAAGUCUUGGCAGCAACGCUUAGCGACGACAGCUCCCACAACGGUGGCGGUGCCUCGAACGAAGUCCGCGACAAUGAAGAGGAAGCCGUUGCCUAUUCGUGGUCACUGUUCCACGUGGUGUUCAUAACCGCCACAUUGUACGUGAUGAUGACGCUGACCAACUGGUACCAACCUAAUUCAUCGUUGGAUACCCUGAACGCGAACGCUGCUUCUAUGUGGGUCAAGAUCAUAUCCAGCUGGUUCUGUCUGGGACUGUACGCCUGGACAUUGGUGGCUCCGAUGGUUUUGUCCGAUCGCGAGUUCAACUAAAUACUAUCGAUAUGAAUAUUCGUAUUUUUUAACCGGAAACAUAGAAGAUCUUACUAUGCAUGAAGCUUUCCAAAGUCGUCAAUGUUGAAUAAGUAGUAAGUAGCUUUAGAUUGAUUAUUUUUUACUUUAUCUUAUACCAGAGGAGAUGGAUGUGAUAUGGUAGGACUAAUUCUCUGAAAAGUUUGAAACAAAUGAAAUGAAAAUGAAACCAGCAAACUAGCAAUUGGUAGUUUACGUUUACCAUUUAUUAUUACAACUAACUAUACAUUAUAACUCUCAACAUAUAUCUGUCUUACCCAAGAGGAUAACGUAACUUUCUCCGAACAAAAAUUAGAGAAAUAAUAAAGUCCACAUUCAGUGAUUGAUUGCCAACAG